UUUUUUUACUUCCUUCCUCCCCUCGCUCGCUCAUCUUUCUUCCCAUCUUUUCAAUCUCCUCCCUCCCCCUACCUCGCUCUCUUUCAUCCUCCUCAGAUCCGAUCUCAUCCUGCGAGCGAAUGAUCCUCAACAGAUCAUCCCCAUCCCCUCCAUCCCCCCGCCCGUAGACUGUUACUCUUUCGUCUCCUAUUUAUAUUCACACUCCACUCCUCUCCACUCCCCUUCCCUCCACUCAGCACCUCCCUCUCUCUCUUUCUCUCCUAUGAAUCCAUAUCUUGCUGCCUCGGCCACCGUGGCCCCACAGCCCCAUUCCUUCAAUCCCUCUGGUCCCAAUGGUCCCCAGUUGGCGUCCUCGCCACCACAGCAGCCGCAGCAACACUCCCUCCCCUCGCAGCUGUCCCUUCUCCAGCGUCAGCAGCUGCCUCAACAGCAGCAGGACCAACGCUCACAACAGGACCAGCUGAGGUUCGAGCAAUUUCAUCAAGAACACCAACAUCAACAGCAACUGGCAUCCAUCGGCGCUAACAGUAUCAUGUUCAGCAAUGGUCCAUUGCAGCAACAGCAACAGCAGCAGCAGCAGCAGCAACAACAACAGCAGCAACAGCAACAACAGCCGUACGGUGCCUAUACUAUCAAACAAAACUGGGACAUCCUCACCGGCCCCAAUGCCAUCGACGAUCCCAUGGCCCUUCAAAUCGGCCCCGACGGCACGCUGGUGACACCUCGCUGGGAUGCCUAUGAUCUCAGCAACCUGCCGCCUGUCCAGAUAGCCCCUCGGGCCAAAAACAUCAGUGUCAUCCCUCGCACUCCGGUUGAUUAUACUGCACAGCAGCACCCUAUGUUAUUACAGCGUCCGACAUAUAUGCAGCAGCAGCAGCAGCAAUCUCAGCAGGGAGGACAACAGCAUAUCCCAUUAGGAGUUUCGGAAUCAAUGGGGCCACAGCAACAGCAACAGCAGCAGCUGGCGGCUAAUGGGCAAUAUUUAUUCCAUGCAUCAUCACCACCUGUCCCCACUAUAUCCACGACGGAAAUGGGCACGAUCUCCUCUCAGCAACAUCAUGCCUCUUCGACGUCCCCCGUCGCCACCUCAGGAUACCUGCAGACCAGUUGCUCACCAGAGAUGCCCAUCAAGGCAUCUCCUGUAGAACAGCAGCUCUCCUGGGCCUCGUGGGAGGAGGCUGCUUCUCAUCAAGACGAUGCUUAUACUCCAGCCCAUACAUACGCUAGUUACGAUGAAAGUUCACGGGAGGACAUUGGCACGAAGCACUUGAAGGUGUUUACCUCUUCCAAGAAGGACGACGAUGGCGAGUUCCGCAAGGGUCAGCAGUUCUACCUCAACAUUCAGUUGAGCCCAGAGGACCGUGAACGGUAUCAUUACCUCAGAAUCCCUACUGAGAACAUUGUCCUCCCAUGCAGGGCAGAUAGCGCCGGUCGUAUUGGCCUCAAUCCUUCCGGAAAGAGAAAUGCCCAAUCCAUGUCCAUGCCCACCAGUGCCCAAGAGGAGGAUGUCUUGGCCUUGAAGCUGACCACGUUUUUGGAGCCGGAGCACCGUGUUGUGGUGCCAUGUGGUCGCUGCAAGGAUAAGACCCCAGAGAUUCUUCGGUUCCACCCUGGCGUCAAUGGCAAGCCCAUGAUCGAUGAGAACGGUAUGGUUUCGCUCCGCGAUGGCCACGUCAAGCUGAUCGCCUCUGCUUGGUGUGCCAGUACAUCCCAUCACCGUGGCCCAGGCACAAAGUUCAGUUUCCAAGUGGAGUUGUCCGGCAUGAGCCGCCACCAAGUCGAGCCCGUGCUCGUGUAUGAGGGACGCAGCGACGAGGUCGAGAUCUAUGCUAGCCAUGGACGUGACAAGGGCACAAGGAUUGCCAAUAAGAACCUUGAAAAGGCUGCGAAAUCGCAUUCGCCACCGUUUUCGGACCGUGGCCAUACUGGCCCCCCUUCUCCGGCAAAGACGACGGCGUCGAGUCCGCCCAGUUCACCCUCGACCACGUCAACUCAUUAUGAGACUGGCCCCGCAAAGAAGCGGAGGGAGGAUCCGCCAUUGACGCCUCCGAUGGCCGAUUCUGACAUGCCACCGACGAUCAGGAGUUUGGAGCCCAGGAAGGGCCCAAUCUGCCGUGAGAACCAUGUCAUUAUCAUCGGAUCCAACUUUUCGCGGGGUAUGACGCCCAUGUUCGGACGCGAGUAUGGAACAGUCGUUGACAUCAACCCCUUUUACAUUGAGUGCACAACUCCAAGAUACCCCACCACCGAGACUGUCCGCAUUUGGAUCUAUCAUAACGAAAACUACAUUUCAACCGACAAGACCUACGAGUUCACUGAUGAGCAGGCACAGAGCGACAUGGAACAGCUGCUGAGGAACUUGAUUCAGGAUGGUGAAAGUGGUGACGCUGGCUCAUACUUGUCGCUGCUGGAGCGUAUUGCGGGUCUCCCGCCCUCGACCGAUAUCUCUGGUCAGACCCAGUCCAAUGGCUCGACCAUGCUGCACAACUCUGUCUUUCUCGGCUAUCAAAUGGGAAUCAACCUGCUGAUCGAGGAGGGCAUUGAGCUGGAUAUCGAGGAUGACUCUGGACUGACAGCACUCGACUAUGCAAUCUUCACCAACAAUGUUGAAAUCACGGAAGCACUACUCCUGGCUGGUUCGAUGCCCUCCUAUGAAAGACUGGCGACACUGGCCCUUACGCCCUCGACUGAGAUGUCGAAUCUUUUGUGGAACAUGUGCGGCGUCGAGAUUUCAGAGCGUCCACCAUCAGGUGCACUCGAGGUCGAGGUCACGCCAGCGACCGAGAUCUACAACGAGUCAUCUGCAGGAGCACUGAUCCAGGAGAUCAUUGAGGAAGAGACAGAGGCCAGGCUCGCAUCCGAUUCGCAGGAUUUUGAUGAGCGCAUGUCACCGCCACCAUUUUCAUCCUCUGCCCCCGCCUCUGAACAUCCCAGGGCGACGUCAACGAGGAACCCUCGUCCUCUCUCGAUUGCAACGGUCGUGACCCAAUCCACCGGGAUGAUGUCGCUCGCGCCCACCAUGUCUACGAUGGCUCUCUCCUCCACCUCCUCCACCCAGUCACGGCCGCCCGUUUCCCUCAUGGGUGGGCGUCCAGCAAACGCAGGCACCAAGGGCGGUUUGGAGAACAUUUGGCUGUGCGCCAAGAAGGGCAAUCUGACUCUUGUUGAACAUCAUCUGCAGAAGGAGCCCGGUUUGAUCAACGCGCCAUGGAAGUUUGAUGGUCGUUCCGUGCUCAGCAGUGCCUGUGCUUCGAGCCAGCCACAUGAAUUGGUCGAGUACCUGGUCCAGCGUGGGGCGCAGGUUAAUACUGCUGACACGUUCCACAAGCGGACGGCACUCCACACGUUGUGUGAGGAAGGUGGUCUUUCCCAGGAUGAAUGGCGUAUUGUUGUGUCGCAAGCUGAUCAGGAUGCCAACGAACGGGAUGUUUUGGCGGCGAUGCGGUUCCUGUUGGACCACGGAGCUGUUGUGGACGCCAAGAACCACUGGAAGGAAACCCCGUUGAUGCGUCUCCUUGCCGGGCGAGACUGUCCUCUGAUGGUGCAGGAGCUGUACAGCCACGGUGCGGACUCGAGACUGAAGAGCUCAGGCAAUGCGUACCCACACGGAACAGCGCUAUGCUACGCUGCGUUCUAUGGCCGUAUCCAAUCACUCAAGUGGAUGGUCGAGAACGAUAUGUUCCUCAAUGACGAGGCCAAUGUCAAGGAGGCGAUUCGAUGGGCCAAGUUGAGCAAGGGUGAGUCGUCUCUGGGCAGUCCUGGGGCGCCUGUUGUGCAGAGCGCCAGCAUGGCCAAGAAGAAGGAGGAGCGCAGGGCCGAGGCGGUCCGUUUGCUGGAGAGCUGGUUGGGCGAGAAUGGUCUUGGCAAACGUAAAGCCCUGGCCAUGGAGGUCACUGCUCAUUCGGGCGAUGAUUGGUGGCGCCGGAUGAGUGGUAUCGUCGAGGAGGUCUCUGGCAAGGUCAAGGGAGGAUCCUCCGUGGAUUCGAACGUCCACAAGAUGCCAUCGGAGAUGACGCCGCUGUGGAGGGAGGUUCAGGUUCUUGCGGACAGCUUGUCGCAGGGUCCGGACACUGUCUCUAGCCCUGGCAAUCGAAUGAAGUGGUUGACCAUGCUGCGAAAGUAAUUUUUUUCUCCCUUCCCCCCCUCUCUCCCUCUCUGCCUCUUUCUUUCCGUGCUCUUUUAUGGGGGGGUUUUUUUUUGUUGUAUCUAGUUUAGUUUUUGACUUUUUGUGCCAUAUGCCGCCAUUUUUUGUUGUUUGUAUAAUGUAUUUUAAUCAUUCUGUCCCCCGCCAAAAAAUAAAAUAAAAUAAAAUAAGUUACGAAACGAAAA